AUGUCAGAUACGAUGUUCAUUGCCUACGCACUUUUAGAGCCAUCGAGUGACGGAACCAGCAUUGUUCCACCAAUGGCGGGGCCAUCGGAUGCUGGAGCAGUCCCCUUCCUGCACGACGGGAACAGCCCCCAACCGACGAGUGGCAGGGGCGGGCCAGGCGAGAGCACAAUUAAGGAGGGGGACGGGGGUGGGAUAUCCCGAGGCGGAAUCUCGAAAAAUCCCGACGGAAAAUCCCAUCCGAGCUCUGCACAUGGCGCCAGCGCGGGCCAUGAUUGGCUGAGCGGCCAGGCCAAGCUCUUUGCUCUGUCUGUCUCUUUAGUGGACAAGCAACCGGUACAACACCAGUACAACCGGAAUACCCAGUACAAUCCGAACACCGCCCCCCCGCUGGCAGCCCUAACCCUAACCCUAACCCUAACCCUAACCCUAAUCCCUUAG